AUGACCGUCGACCUUGAAAAGCAGCAGCCACCCGCGGGGGAUGGCGGCGCCGCCGCCGCCACCGGCCCGGAACCCCAGCAUCACCACGGAGAACAAGGGAGCGACAUUGUAUCAACCAACAGCGUAUCGCAAUCAACACAACAAUCGACAGAGUCCUUGGACAGAAUACGGUCGCAAAAUGGCUACGGUGUGGACGAACUACAGCCUCGGCGAUCCCGCACCGCACCGGCCUGUUCACAAGAGAAAGACGCCUUUGAAGUAGGUUGGGAUGACGGGGCCAACGACCCUCUGUGCCCCUGGGGCUUCAACAAGGCCAGGAAAUGGGUCAUUGUAUCUAUCCUCUGCGCGGGGAGCUUUACAGUAACAAACAUCAGCUCUGGCUACACAUCGACAUACCAGCAAAUGGAACGCGAGUUUGGCAACUCUCGCAUCAUCUCUGUCCUCGGCCUCUCCCUCUUCGUGCUCGGCAUCGCCUUCGGCCCCAUGCUGUUCGGUCCGCUGAGCGAGUUCUACGGGCGGCGGCCCAUCUACCUGGUCGCGUGGACCGUCUUCGUGCUCUUCCUCUUCCCCGGGGCCUUUGGCACCAACAUCCAGACCAUCCUCGUGUCGCGUUUCUUUGGCGGCUUCUCCGGCAGCGCGUUCCUCGCCGUCUCCGGCGGCACCGUCGGCGACCUCUUCCAACGCCACGAGCUGCAGGCGCCGAUGGUGCUCUUCUCGCUCGCGCCGUUCCUGGGACCGACCGCGGGACCGCUGAUCGGCGGCUUCAUCAACUACAACGUCAACUGGCGGUGGACGUACUACGUGUUCCUCAUCUGGACGGGCGUGCUGCUCGUGGCCGUCGUCUUGUGCGUGCCCGAGACGUUCCACCCGAUCCUGCUGCGGAACAAGGCCCGGGACCUGCGCCGGCGCACGGGCGACGACCGCUGGCUCGCGCCGACGGAGAAGACGCAAAAGUCGGUCGUCCGCGCCAUCGGCGUCUCGCUCCUGCGGCCCAUGCAGCUGCUCGUUUUCGAGCCCAUGUGUCUGAACCUCUGCCUGCUGUCGGCGAUCCUGCUCGGUAUCCUGUACCUCUUCUUCGGCGCCUUUGCGCUUGUCUUUAGCACAAACUAUGGAUUCAACCUCUGGCAGGUGGGCAUGUCCUUCAUCCCCAUUUGCGUCGGCAUGUUCAUCGCUACCGCGACGGAUCCGCUGUGGCAUCGCUUCCGGAUGGGCCUCGUGGCCAAGCUCGAGCAGGAGACGGGCAUCAAGGGAAGAGCCGAGCCAGAGUUCCGCCUGCCGCCGGCGGUGGUUGGCGCGGUGCUGGCACCGGUUGGCGUCUUCAUCUUCGCGUGGACGUCGUAUCCGCAUGUUCAUUGGAUUGCGCCCAUGAUUGGCGAAGCAAUUUUCGGAGCCGGGAUUGUCCUCGUGUACACGGGCAUCUUCACCUUCCUGGUUGAUGCGUAUCCCCAGUACGCUGCCAGCGCCCUCGCAGCGAAUGCCUUCGUUCGAUGCUUAUUCGCGACUGCCUUUCCGCUCUUUGGGAACCAAAUGUACAACAAGCUCGGCUUUCAGUGGGCAUCGACGCUCCUGGCAUUCCUGCUGCUUGCGAUGAUGCCGUUUCCUUACAUCUUUUAUCGCUUCGGCAAGCAGAUUCGAAAGAAGAGUCGUUAUGCUACAAAUGCUUAA